AUGCACUUCCGAGACAGCAAGAGGAAAGUGGACUAUGUUUUAGCUUAUCACUAUCGGAAAUCUACCUCGCAGUCCAGUGGUGGUUCUCCAAGCCUCUCGCAGAGACCUCCUUCUUUGGCUAUCAUUUCUAAUGGGGAGACGGCCAAAAGUCAAUCUGAACAGCAGCCGUUGCCGCCACAAGGCCAGGAAGCAGCUUCUACAGAUGCCGAGGUCAUUGAUCUGGGGCCGUUGGAGGCUCUGGAGGAAGCGAAACGGGAGCAGAGGAAAGAGUUCGAAAGCAACCUGAUGGAAGCUGGUCUGGAGAUAGAAAAAGAUGCAGAGGUAAGAGGAGGAACUGCCAACAGACAGGUAGGAAAGAUCUGA